UAGUGGAAGUGGAUAUCGAUUUCUACUUAGAACACACGCACACAUACACCAGAGAGUCACAUAUUUAGACACAGUGAGGAAGUGCAGGGUAACCAACAGAAAUGUUUUUUAGUGGAGUUUCUUAAACAUCAUUCUCACUUUCUGCUUGAUUAUAGGAUGAAGAUCCUCUUCAUCUUCACCCUCUGCCUGAAUAUAGCUGGAUCUGAUGAUGUAACUACAGUAACUGGAUACAGAGGAAGAUCAGUUCAGAUUAAAUGUCACUAUGAUUCUGGAUAUGAAGAUUACAAUAAGUAUCUCUGCAGAGGUGAAUGUCCCCAUUGGCCUGGUACCAAAGACAUUCCUGUUCAGUCUGGACCUCCUGUUAAAGACACCAGAUUCUCUCUGUAUGACGACACAACAACCAAAAUCUUCACCGUCACCAUCACUGAUCUGAGAGCAGAGGAUGCAAACACUUACUGGUGUGUGAUCGAGCGGGCAGGGCUUAAUAUUUACACUAAACUUCAACUGCUGGUUAAAAUGGAUGAUCCUCCCAGCAGUACUGUCUCACAGUCCACACACAACACAUACUCUGCUACAACACAUAUCACAAGUCCAUCAGUGCAUCCUGAGACUCCUCCAGCUACAGAUGUUCCAGGUUCAGCUACCUACAUCCUCAUCAGUACAGGUGUAGUGCUGUUUAGUGCUGGUGUGAUAAUCUUCUGCAGAAGAAAAUGUCAAGGUAACAAAAAAGGCUCUGACGCUGCAGCACAAUUCAAUGAGACAAGUCGUGUUUAUGAGAAUUUACUUCUACGCCAAGCGGGGAAAAAAGCUCAUGUACCUAAAACUGCCUGCAAGAGUCCCGAUCCAGCAAUUGACCAAUCAGAAUCAAUCUACCAGAAUUCUUCCUUUAUUAAUAAGCAAUCAGACUCAAUCUACCAGAAUCCUUUCUUUAUUAAUAAGCAAUAAGAUUCAGGAUAUCACUUUUCAUCAUUCAGAUUCAAUGAUCUCAUUUCAAUGCUAACUGUCACAUUGUUUGUUUCUUUAGAGGUAUCUGAAAAGACAUUCCAGAUAUUGGACUGUGGAUUACUCAAUUGCAGUUCACUUGUUUUAUUUCUGUUUUUAAAGAACAUUUUAUCUCCUGAUAAAUUUACCAACAACUGAUGCCAAGACUGAAUAUGUUUGAAAG